UAGCCAUACAGCUCCAUGUGCAGCACCCUUGUGCCCCAGUCAGCCUCUCUGCCACCUGAUGCUACUGACUGGAGCCUGGGACUCACAACCCCCGUGCCUCUGCCAGCCCAGAGCUGCUCCCUGGACACCAGACCAUACUGCCGCUGCCAGCUGCAGCCCCACACCACCACCUGCUUCCUGGGCCUGCCCCGAGUCUGCUGCCAACCGCCGUCAUCUACCAGAGCUGCCUCAACCCCACGACUGCCCACGGAGCCUGCCUCCAGCUGCCACCAUGUCAGGCCCCACGCCUGCUGACACCCAAGGACGGGGGCCGAACUGGACGCAUGAGGAGACCUCUGACCUCAUUGCCAUCUGGGGGGACGUUGAGGUCCAACGGCAAUUUGCCUGUGCUACCAGGGCCAAUGCCCAUGUGUUCGAAGACAUGGCCCGGAGGAUGCAAAAGCGUGGUCACCGGAGGUCUGGCCACCAGUGCCGGGUGAAGGCCAAGGCCCUGAGGGCACAAUAUCUCCGCAUUCGGGACCAUAAUAGGCAGCCUGGGGCUGCCCCUAGAACCAUGCCCUUCCUCCGUGAGCUUGAGAGGAUCCUGGUCCCCAUGGAUCCUGGUGAGGCUCCUCACGUGUUCUGCAGCACAGGUGGGCUGAAGGAGCCCAUGCCAGGGGCCCCAGACCAGGAGGACUCUCCAGGUGAGGGCACCUCGGGGCUCCCACAUCAGGUCCUGGUGUGCUCCUCACUCUCAGUCUCACCUGGCAACUCAGGCAGCCCAGGUCACCACCUGCCCCGGCUAUUCCACAAGCGGCCCACCUGCAGGGAGGAGAGGGCAGGGAUGUCCACUGUGGAUAUCAGCUCCAGCUCAUCACAAGAGGGGACCACUGCUCAGCCAGCUACCCACUGUGCCUCACUGUCCCAGGAUGCAUCAGCCAGCCGGACCUCAUCUCCACGGCCAAGGAUAUCAUCCGACUGCCAGGAAUGGCUGCCACACCCUCCCGCACCAGCUGCUGGACAUGGGGGAGAACCACCCGGCAGUAGUGGAGAUGAGGCCACAAGGACACCUGCAGCUUCUGCAGGUGCACUCCAGAUGCGCCAGCUCCGUCAGCACCAGAGCCAGAAUUGGACAGCUCUCCUUGAACGGCUGGUCACCAUCUCCGAGGAGUGGCUUGAAGAGACUCGAACCUGGCACCGCCGCUGGCUCCAUGAGUUUCGCAGGAUGUGGCAGGCCAUGGAGCAGUCAGACCGUGAAGACCAUGAGGCAUGGCGGGCAGAGAGUGAGGUGCUCCACACCCUCCUGCAGAGGCUGGUGGGGACCCAAGAGGACCAGCAUGAUCUAAUGUGAUGGGCUGUGGCCACCGCUGAGGACAACCAGCACAUCAAAGACUCUGUGCUGGCCUUGGUGGUGUUUGGUGUCAUGCCCAACAUCCAGGUCCUGGCACCAGCCCUGGCUGCCCCUUGACAGCUGCCUGCAGGCCUACCUUGGGACCCCCAGUGGGUAUGGCGGCAGUUGCAGUGCCACCUGCAGUGGGCUGGGCCCCCAGCCUGUGCACCAGCUUCUGGUUCUCCAGACCCCCUGCUUCACCCACUGUCCUCUGUUCGCCCUGGCUCCAUGCAGCCCCUGAGCGGGAGGUGGGCAUGGCAGGGCUGGCUCCCCACAGGGGCCCUGCUGGUCCCAGCCUCAUGGAAGAGUGGAGUGAGCAGGCUGGACAGUGCCUGCCUUCAUCCCCCAGGCCAGCCCCUGUCCCACCACAAUUGCUGUGAGACCCAGAACUUAGAUGCUGGUGGCUGUGGUGGGGGGCACUGGGCACCUUCCUCCAGGCUCCACACCCUUGGUGCCUCCUCCCCACUGUUCCCCCCUGACCCUUGUAAAUAGACGCCUGUAAAUAAUUCCACAUGGGUGAGGGUGUUUUAAUGGUGGUGUGCAUUGGGGCUGAGGGAUGGCUGUUGUUGGGAGGGAGGGAAGGAGGGGGGGUCUGUUGGUAUGUUGGAGAUGGAAAUAAAGUU